AUGAAACCUCUUCAGGGACGGACACGGAACGCAGUCAGCGACCUCAUCCGGAAGCUGCAACUCUGUUUCGACAUUUUCUUCCCGGAAAAACCUAAGGAUGUUACACCCAAAGAAGAAGUCAAGCGGCGGCUUAAAAUGGUGUUGGUGGCUGACCGAUGCGGCAUGAGCCCGGGUUCGCUCGGCGAGCUUAAGAAGACUAUCGCACGAGCACUUCAAGAUUUCGUCGAUAUCGAGUCGGAAGACGCAAUUGAGGUCCGCUGUACUGUACAAGGAUGGAGCCUCCGGCUGACCACUGACAGUGUGUUAAAGCUGCGAUGCCCAAGAUGCGUGUCGACCGUAUUCUUGCCUUUCUCCAAGUCGAACCUGGAAAUGUCUGGCAUAGCUCAACAUGCCGAGCAAAUCACCACGGCCUUACAGCUUCAUGCACAACUAACAACGGAGACCGACGCAGUCCUGCAAUCCCUGCAAGAAAAGCUGUCCGAACUCAAUCGGAAGUUGGCGCCUAUCCACGACCGUGCGACAGCGCUCACGUGGGCGGAAGAAAACAUAACGCUUGUGAAGGCUGAAACGAGUGAAUUACUGUUGCACAUCGAUGCGUCUCGAAAGGUAGAGAGCGUGUUGCGGCUGGGUCCGGGGCGGGAUGAGGCGCAGCUGGAGCAGUUUCUGGCAGCCGUGGGGCGGCUGGAAGAGGCACUCAGCCGCCUGGAAGCCUACAUGGACGGAGGAAACGUCAAUGCAGUGGAGCAGGCGUACGAUAAUGCAAUGGAGCUGUACGACAGGGCCAUGCGGGAUUGCGAGGCGGAUUUUGCGUCUGUGCUGGCGCAGCAUGGGGCGGCUCGGCUGCCAUCAGCCGCCUGGCUGACGGAGAAGGCUUCUCCCGAGAACCUUCGGGACAGCCUGUCACGUCCUGAGUUGGAGCUGUUACCCCCCUCCGCGGUUGCCCGGGUGUCCCGACUGGCGGAGGCCAUGUUGCGGGGCCGCCAUGUGACGUGCCUGGACACGUAUGCGCAGCCCUUCGUUGUCUGGUGCGCGGUGCCGCCCUUGGAGCGCCUCCGGGCUCCAGGCCCGCGGCCGGUCCCUGGACAUGCUUUUAGCCCUCACCAGCUUCAGCGGCUGGUGGCCGGCUGGGCGCAGCAGCUGCGGGUGCUGCUGGUGGGGGCGGCGGCGGAGCUGGCACUGGCUCAAGACGUGUGGCCUUCGCCGUACGACGAAGUCACAUUCUCCGAAACCAUCAGCCGCUCGCUACGAUUGGUGCUCCAGAUGCACCAGUCGCUGAAGGAUCUUCUGCCGUACCUUGAUGACCUGUUAUCAGCUCGCGAGCGAUGUACGGGUUUGCUGAACGAGGCCCACCUGCUGGGGGUCAUGAUUGGCAGGUCGGCGAGGCAGCUGUUUGCGGAUUUCGAGGAGGGUGUUGGCAGUCGGGGGCUGCAGGGCUCCGGCGCGUACGGCUCUGAGGCCGUGUCCAAGCUCACCAUGCUGGACGGCACCGUACACCCGAUAUGCGCUACCACACUGAGCUUCCUUAAGGCCCUGGAAGCCAAGGCCCGGUCGUACAAGGUUCCGGCGCUAGGUGACCUGUUCCUCAUGAACAACGUGCAUUACAUGGUGUGGACGGUGGAGCACGCGGCGGCCGCCGACAAUCAAACGCAACAACAACAACAAGGUCAACAACCGAAGCAGCUCGGCAGUAAUCCCCCGCCCGAUGACAUGGAAGAUCCCACCAGCACCAAAACAACAAGAACCGCAACAGCGAGGCAAAGUGGCCGCCGCCGCGGCGGCGGCGCCGGAGGCUCCGCCUCCGACAACGGCGACGGCGGCUCCGCCGCCGCUGCACCUCCCAGCGCCCCCGCCUCCGCCGCCUCCGCCAGUCUGGGCGUAUUGGGCCUUGCUUGGGUGGAGCGCCAUAAGGACAUCGUUGAGCACUAUGGCGCCUCCUACCAGGAUAAGACCUGGCGGCCCCUCGUUGCCGUACUGGAGGGAGUGCUGGUGACGGAGGUGGACGCGGAGCCCUCGGAUCCAGGUCGCUUCAAGGCCUGGCUCAAAUCCAAAUUCGCCAAAAUCAACUCACAACUGGACUCUAUCUUCAAGCAGCAGUCUGCUUGGACCAUUCCGGACGCCAAGCUCAAGACGGCUGUACGCAAUGUUAUCAAGCAGGACCUGCUGCCUCUGUACGGCGAGUUCUGGGACCGUUACACAGCCGUGGACUUCACCACUCACCCCGACAAGUACCUGCGGUACGAGUGCGCUAGGCAGUGUACGGCCGCGUACCCGCCAGAGCAACUCGAGUUCCUCAUCGACCACUCGCUGUUCGAGGGCAGGGCGGCGGCUCCUCGGGGUGGCGGCGGUGGCGGUGGUGGCAGCAGUUUUCCUCCGCCGCCGCUGAGCAGCGUGUCCUCCUCGCGGUCGGGGGUGGGGGCGGGGCCGGCGGGGUCCGUCCGCGGGGGCAGCCAGCCGGUGCUGACGGUGGCGGCGGCGGCGCCGCAGCCGCCAGCGGUGGGGGCAGGCGGGAGGGCGAAAAGCAGCAUCGCUGCGGGGCGACGAUGA